AUCGAAGGCAUGUGAGGAAUUCCUUUAAUUUGAAUAAAGCUGAGAGCAGGUAAACAAGUCUCCAGCUGGAUAUCCUGUGGUUAAGUCAAUAUUUACGCAUCAUAAAGUCCUCGGAGGAUUGAGUGUUUAUACGCAGAUCCCGUUAAAUUCACAUCAGGUUGUUGUUGUAAAGUCACGUCCACGGUGUCGUGUUCAGUCGUAGCGUGACGGUGUUCAUGUAUCCACCCCCCACUUUUCUUGACAACGCCUUCCGACGUCAGCCGCACCGAAACUUGAAGGAAACUCACCUGGCAGGCUGGGAGAGGGACGCACGGACAGUGAAGGAGGAUUCAAAUAAUAAAAACAUUUUCCCAGGAGCUGUCAGGUGUUACAAUGUGAACUCACUGACAGACCUGCUGAUUUUGAAGAACUGGUGCCUUUUUUGAAGACGAUCAUAACUCCACCGAGCGCACUUUCAUUAUUUAAGUCACUGAAGAGGCUUCCGGGUUGGAAGUUCACACAGGCGGCUGAUAGUGAGUCUGAUUCAGUCCUGGGAAGAAACAUGGACAUGGAGGACAUCGAGCUGCAGGAGAAAAAGACGAAUGGAGACUAUGGAGCGACAUGUUAAUAUUCCCCGAUAUUUACCUCCUCCUAGAUGACAGCAGGUAAUGGAGGCAGUGCAGCAGAGCGUGGAGAGUUACUUAAUCCUCGGACUGCAGAUCAUAAUGGGGAGAUGGCGUCUUGUAGCAACGCAGCAGAAAAUGGAAUGAAUCUAGGAAAUGCAAAGAGGAGCUCCGUGUGCAGGGUGAAGAAAGAGCUGAACGAGGUCGUCUUCUGGAAAAUCAGACUAUGGAUGGUCGUCGUCUUCAUCUUUCUCCUCAUCGCUGCUGUGAUCCUGAUUUCGCUGCUCCUGUGCUCACUUAUCUAUGAUGACCCGGAUGAGAAGUUUGAUCCUUCGUUGUUCAAAGUUCCUCUGUAUUUUAAUGGGAGCUUCCAGCUGCCUAAUCUGGCGUUUACAGAGGAGCUUUACUCCAGUGAAAAUCAAGCACUGGCUGCUAACAUUGAAAAUAAGCUCUCUGACCUUUAUAGAGCCUCCCCUGCUCUGGGAAGAUAUUUCAACAACACUGAGAUACAUGGUUUCAGAAACGGUUCAGUCAUCGUUGACUACCAGCUGACAUUCCUCAUGCCUGAAGAAAACCAGGAUCAGCUGAGAAACUUUACUCUGAGCAGGGAAAUGGUCUACAACGUGUUCAGACAGUUUCUAUAUGACCAGGAAGCAGAUGAGUCAGCGCCCACGUACAUUGAUCCAGUUUCCCUGAUCAUGUUUUUAGGACACUGACGACAACAUGUUCCCAAACAGACACUCAUAUGUGCAGCAUAUGACUUCUCAGUCUCAUGUGUGAACUUCCCACAUGUGUGUAGAAAUGCUUCAUAUGAUGCACAGGAAGCUACGUGACCACAGUUACGGCAACGUCAGUCACGACUGCAGCUCAUGCAUGCAUGAGUUCAUUGUGGGUUCUGUCUUAACAGACUGCUCUUAAUUCAAACCAAUCAACAAACUGUGCAGGACUCGUCCAGUAAAAUGGACUCUUACAAGAGUAUACUGACAAAAAAAGCAGGACUUUGCUGAGCAUAUGCUGAGAUUAUAUUGUGUAUUUCCGUGCCUUGCAUAACUGCAAGUUUAUCAAGUGUUGAUUGAAGUGUCACUCCUGUAAUUAUUUAUAUCCAUCUUUUAAUUGUCACUGUGAUUAAUGCAUGGCCAUUUGUGCAAAACCUGUGGCUGAAUAUGUUUGUUUUUUUAAUGUAAAUACAUGUUUUUUAUAUGUGCCAUGUAUCUUCUGUCACCAAAUUUGCAAACCAAAACUGGACUGUGGACUGUUCUGGAAACAUUUGCUUAGAGGGUGACAAACAUUUAGGAAAAUAAGCUUUGACUCCAUGUACAGUUUAUAAGUAAAUGCAUUACAUUUGCAUUUCUCUGAAGCUUUGACCUCAUUAACCUGCUGUAUUUCUAACCAUCUUCAUGGUUGAACAGUAGAGGGUGUGCAUGUCCCACAUGAAGUGACCAAGUACUGUUGACUUUGUUUGUUUUAAUCCUACACUGACAUAUUGUCUUGCUGAGUUGUGUUUGUAGCAGGUUGUUGCAUUUAAUAGAACCGGUGGUAUAUGUUUAACAUGUUUAUCAACUAUGUCAGAUUACAGUUUGUGUCCUCGCAGUGAUCCAUCCUCUAAUAAGAUUACAGCUGUGCAUAAUGUUUAUGCCAAAUUAACCGUUUAUAAACUAUCUAUCAGUUAGUAGCUAUAAGCUAUCCAUCCACCACAUGGUUAUUAACAGGUUGUCACUUCAGUUCAUUGCACUCAGUACAAGACUUCAUAGGAGGAGUUGACGUUUGAGCCAACUUCUAAAUGAGAAGAACUUCUUAUUUUUGUGGUGAAAACACGUCUGAUUAAUGCUGAUGGUAAUGGUUUCAUUAAAAUAAACUUGUAAGAUAAAAAAGAAAGAAUACUUUUACAGAUGUUGUAUUUGUCAGUAUUUGUCUGCUGAAAGUUAAUGUGAAGCUCAGAUGUAUUUUCAGUUACAGAGUCUGUUAAUCCCCAUUUUAUUUGCAAUGAAUUUUGGGUUAAUAAAAAGCCAAGAUUUUUUAAUAUAAA